UCAACAUACAGUGUGAUGGACAAAUGUGAGUAUGAUGAACGUACAAUGGCGGAAACUCCAACAUGGGCAGUUGCGGUGGUGUGCUUCAUGUUGCUUGCCAUUUCAAUCUUCAUUGAACAUAUUAUUGAAGCUACUGGAAAGUGGCUAAAAGCCAAACACAAGGGACCUCUUCACGAAGCCCUUGAAAAGAUCAAAUCAGAGAUUAUGCUGUUGGGAUUCAUAUCCCUGCUCCUAACAGUGUUCCAAGAGCCCAUUUCUGGGAUGUGUAUACCCAUGAGUGUUGGAGACACUUGGCAUCCCUGUAUAGGUGAGAAGAAAUAUUCCGACAAAAGUGGUCGGAAAGUGCUCCAGUUAUUUGAUUCUGGCUUCAGUGGUCGUCGAAGAUUAGCUACAAAAGGAUGCGACAAAUGCAAAAAGGGUAAAGUGGCCUUCAUGUCUGCGUAUUCGAUUCACCAGCUGCAUAUAUUCAUCUUUGUCUUAGCCGUUUUUCAUGUGCUCUACUGCAUAAUCACCCUGGCUUUAGGCACAACCAAGAUCAAAAGAUGGAAGGCUUGGGAGGAAGAAACAAGGACACUUGAAUCUCAAGGUCAUAUUGAUCACGAGCGGUUUAGGUUUGCAAGGGAAACAUCAUUUGGACGAAGGCACUUAACCUACUGGAGCAAGUCAACGGUUUCCCUUUGGAUGGUUUGUUUCUUCAGACAAUUCUUCAGAUCAAUUACUAAGGUUGAUUACAUUACGUUGAGAUAUGGAUUUAUCGUGGCACAUUUGGCACCCGGAAGUGAAACAACGUUUGAUUUUCAAAAAUACAUCCAGAGAGCACUUGAAGCUGAUUUUAAAUUCGUGGUGGGGAUAAGUCCAAAAAUAUGGUGCUUUGCAGUUUUAUCCCUAUUGUCCAACGCAUAUGGAUGGCAUUCUUAUCUAUGGCUACCAUUUCUCCCAUUGAUUGUAAUCCUCUUGGUGGGUACACAGCUACAAGUAAUAAUUACAAAAAUGGGGCUAAGAAUUCAAGAGAGAGGAGAUGUGAUUAAGGGUACACCUGUGGUACAACCAGGUGAUGACCUCUUCUGGUUUGGAAACCCUCGGUUCCUUCUCUAUCUCAUUCACUUCGUUCUCUUUCAGAAUGCAUUUCAACUGGCCUUCUAUGCGUGGAGUGUGUAUGCAUUUGGCAUAAAUUCUUGCUUCCAUAAGCGCACUGAAGAUAAGGUCAUCAGACUCUCAACGGGGAUCAUCACACAAGUUCUAUGCAGUUAUGUGACUUUGCCUCUCUAUGCUCUAGUGAUUCGGAUGGGCUCUUCCAUGAAUUCUACCAUUUUUAAUGAUGGAGUGGCAACAGCAUUAAAGAGCUGGCAUCGCAAGGCCAAGAAGAAAUCUAAGCAUGCCCAUCAUUCUGAGGCAAAUUCACCAAUUCACCUCUUGCAUAACUAUCAGCAUCGCAGCCUUGAUAGCUUGCACACAUCUCCUAAUGAUCAUUUUGAAAUGGAAGACUUAGAAUUCCAAAGGAAACAAAGUGGACACGAAGACUCUAUGCAUUCUGAGCAAGAGAAGGAGAUUCAAGAGCAAAGAUCAUCGCAAUUGCCUCCAUCACUAGGAACCAUUCGAACCCAACACGAAAUCAACGUUAGUCCGUCAGAUUUCUCUUUUCGCAGAUGAAUAAGCAAACAAAUGUCUCGCACCGGCCGCUCGAAUGUUAUACCUCAAGGUCUUGUGUUCGAGUCCGGACGGGUGGUAUAUUGUAAGCGUCUAGAGUUUACUUUAUAUGGGCGAGUCCGAAUGGCCUAUUUUAUAAAGGUGGCAUGUUAUAAAAAAAAUAAUAAUAAAUAUAUACAAAUAAGGCAACAAAUAGAGUUUGGGUAAUAGGAGAAUUAAAGGUUAAAUAAUUUUUUGCCCGGGCCCUUGUUUUUUAACAACUUUAUUUUUGCUCAUUCGGUUUUCGUUUUUAUCACAGCUAGUACCUCCGUUAUGGAUAAAGAUGAAGAUAAUGCCUUUGUCUAACUUUCUUCUAAAAUUUGACAAAAAUUCACGGCAACACCCCUAAAAACUCGACACGUGUCCAUAUACAUAAUAUAAAAAUUAAAAAUUAAAAUUAAAAUGAUUAAAAUUAAAACCACUCUCAUUUUGCAUCUUGGGGGUAACCACCCUCAACCCCAAGGGCACUUUUCCCCGAGAUGAUUAAGCUAUAUAUUCUCAAUAGCUAGUUUGAAGGUGAUCA